AUGGUGUUUAGAAUGCACUACCGCAUCACCUCAGCUAUAUUGUUCCUGUGCUGCAUACUCGUCACCGCUAAUAACCUUAUUGGCGACCCGAUCUCAUGUAUUGGCGAUGGAGCGAACCCCGGCCACGUCAUCAACACCUAUUGCUGGAUUACUUCUACGUUCACACUUCCAUAUAACCCCCACUUAAAGGACAUCGCCCACCCAGGUCUUGGUCCGGAGACCGGAGAAGGCAAACGUAUCCACGCCUACUACCAGUGGGUGCCUUUCAUGCUGUUUUUCCAGGGUCUUCUUUUCUACGUGCCCCACUGGAUCUGGAAGAACUGGGAAGAAGGCAAAGUCCGCAUGAUCUCAGAUGGCAUGCGCGGUACUGCUGCUACCAUUGCCGAUAACAAAGGCAACCGUCUGAAUCGUCUUGUCCAGUAUUUGUACGAAACCAGGCAUAUGCACAACACUUACUCCUUCGGAUAUUUCUUCUGCGAGAUGUUGAACUUUGCGAACGUGGUGGGAAAUAUAUUCUUCUUGGACACAUUCCUUGGUGGCGCUUUUCUAACGUAUGGUUCUGAGGUAGUUAAGUUUUCCAACAUGAACCAAGAUCAACGAACUGAUCCCAUGAUCGAAGUAUUUCCAAGAGUAACAAAGUGUACAUUCCACAAAUUCGGUCCCACUGGAACGAUCCAGAAACACGAUGCCCUCUGCGUUUUAGCGUUAAACAUUCUCAAUGAGAAGAUUUUCAUCUUCCUGUGGUUCUGGUUCAUCAUCCUAUCCGUGGUAUCAGGCUUAGCUCUGUUGUACUCUGCAGCAGUAGUUCUAUUGCCCAGUACCCGUGAGACUAUUCUCAAACGACGCUUCCGUUUCGGAACACCCCAAGGUGUCGAAUCCCUCGUCAGGAAAACUCAGGUAGGGGACUUCUUACUUCUGCACCUCUUAGGCCAGAACAUGUCAAUGCGUGUUUUCGGUGAAGUACUGGACGAGUUGUCACGACAGCUUCAAAUGAAUUCUAACGCACCUUCAGCCCCAUCCACAUUAGAGAUGGCACCGAUAUAUCCAAAUAUCGAUAAGUACGCUAAAGAGACGGAAACGUAA